CCAGCUGGGACUCGUAGGGAGAGGUGGGGAGCGCGCGGCGGCGGCGGCCGUUGUGGCUCUGGCAGUGGUGGCGACAGUGGCGAGGCUACGCAGCCGGGGCGACGGGUCUGGUGCCGCAGCGGCUCGUUCAGGCCGUGCGUCGUCGCUGCAGACGCGGGCAGAGGAGGGAAAAACGACUCAGCGGGAGCACUUGGCGGAGGAGGGGAAGGGAUUCAGAAGACACCCCGCGUCUCCCUUCUCGAAUUUCUCUUGGUUCUUGUCAGUUGAUUCGUAGCCUGAAAUGCAUGGUCAUGGAGGCUAUGACUCUGAUUUUAGUGAUGAUGAACACUGUGGAGAAUCUAGCAAAAGGAAAAAAAAGUAAGACAGUUGAAGAUGAUUUACUGCUCAAAAAGCCAUUUCAGAAGGAAAAACAUGGAAAGGUGGUCCAUAAACAAGUUGCAGCAGAAUUGCUGGAUAGGGAAGAAGCAAGAAAUAGAAGGUUUCAUCUCAUAGCUAUGGAUGCUUAUCAAAGGCAUACAAAGUUUGUAAAUGACUAUAUUUUAUACUAUGGUGGCAAAAAAGAAGACUUCAGGCGAUUGGGGGAAAAUGACAAGAUAGACAUGGAUGUUAUACGAGAAAAUCACAGAUUCCUAUGGAAUGAGGAGGAUGAAAUGGACAUGAAUUGGGAGAAGAGACUUGCAAAGAAAUACUAUGAUAAAUUAUUCAAGGAAUACUGCGUAGCAGAUCUCACCAGAUACAAAGAAAAUAAGUUUGGAUUUAGGUGGCGAGUAGAAAAAGAAGUAAUUUCAGGGAAAGGCCAGUUUUGCUGUGGAAAUAAAUGUUGUGAUAAAAAAGAAGGCCUAAAGAGUUGGGAAGUUAAUUUUGGUUAUAUUGAGCAUGGUGAAAAGAGAAAUGCGCUUGUUAAAUUAAGAUUAUGCCAAGAAUGUUCCUUUAAAUUAAAUUUUCAUCACAGGAGAAAAGAAGUCAAGUCAAAAAAAAGAAAGGAUAAAGCCAGAAAAGAUUGUGAAGAGCCAUCACAUAAAAAAUCCAGAUUAUCUUCUGUAGAAGAGUCCUCUAAGAAAAAGGAUAAAGGAAGCGCUGAUGAGGAAGGAAGUACUUCAGAAUCUGAACUUUGGAAGGGCCCACUACCAGAGACAGAUGAAAAAUCACAGGAAGAAGAAUUUGAUGAAUAUUUUCAAGGUUUAUUUCUGUGAGAUGGAAGAGGGAUGCCUACAUUCCUUAAUGUGAAAGUAUACUUUGAAACUCUUCACAAAAUUUUGUCUACAAGUUGCAACUUGAGUGGUUUGUCUUUGGAAAUAAAAAUACAGCUACUCUCAGGA